AAACAAUUCAAUGAAACAUGUUUCUGAAACUUUAAUAACCGACCCAAAAAAGUAUUCUCCAACAACAAAUAAUAUAUUUUAUCAAAAAGUAGAUGCGGUUUUAAUGAAACAAAUAUUGCAAGAAUUAUUGCAGAGAUUGCACAAGAAACUUGUACAAUUACAACUAAAAUAAUUAGAUAAUAAGUUCUAGUUAACAUAAAAUCCGCCCGACAGUUAACAAAAGAAAACAAGAUCUCGUUAUGGAGUCAGAUGACAAUAAACAAAACCUUUCAAAAACUGGAAAUAAACAAUGGGUAAAACUAAAUGUAGGUGGAACAUGUUUUUUAACAACAAAAACAACUCUGGCAAGAGAUCCUAACUCAUUUCUGUAUAGACUGAUACAAGAAGAUAAUGAACUAGAUUCUGAUAAAGAUGAAACAGGAGCAUAUUUAAUAGACAGAGAUCCCAAUUAUUUCUCCCCCGUUUUAAAUUAUCUUAGGCAUGGAAAAUUGGUGAUUAAUAAGGGUUUAGCAGAAGAGGGGGUAUUAGAAGAGGCUGAAUUUUACAAUAUUGCAGAAUUAAUCACUUUGGUAAAAAGACGAAUAAUGAUUAGAGAAACUAGACCUAACAAAGAUGGUAAAAAACAUGUUUAUAGAGUUUUACAGUGCCAUGAAGAUGAAUUGACACAGAUGGUUUCAACUAUGUCAGAUGGUUGGAAAUUCGAGCAAUUAAUAAACAUCGGUUCUCAAUACAACUAUAACGCCGAUGAACAUGCAGAAUUUUUGUGUGUUGUAAGUAGAGAAUGUGGUGUACCAGAUUGUCCGGAAAUAAAGAGUGACAGAGAAGACAGAGCCAAAGUGUUGCAACAAAAAGGUUCUAGAAUGUAGAUUUCAAAGUGUGUUAUUAAAAAUCUGAGAUUUUUCAAUAAAUCAUCAUCUACAGGGUGUAUCAUAUUGACAAUGUUGUUGUUAAACAGCACAAUAAGUAAUUAAGGUAAGAGCACCAGGGCAGAGACUUUAGUGAGGAUAUUUCUUUAAAAAAAAAAAUCAUUUCUAAUAAAAAAAAUAUCUUCCAAAUUUAUUGCAGGGCUCUUUAUGUAAUUAGUACUAAUUAAACUGAUAUAAUUAGAAGUCGUUAUUUUUUUAUAUGCAUUUUUUUUAUUUAAAAGUGCAAGUAUAUUAGGCAUGUCAUGACCAAAGUCAGACAUCACUGAAUACCAGUGGCAGACGAAAUUAUUAACGAAUUUAUCAGUAUCUGACAACUGCAGAUUUUAUGUGGGUAUUUAGGCAAAAAGAAGAAUUUUAUCAGUGUCUAUACAGUUAUGUGCCAUGACAUCAAUCUCAUCAUUUACUUUUUCUUGAAUGAUACAGAUAUGUCUGUAACUUGAGGGUAUCUUUUUCUACCCACAAAAGAUACUAAUAUGAUAGGAUGCUUAAUAUCUUUUAUGUUCACACUUUUAAUUUCUCCUCAUCUUCCGACUCCAUCUUUUUUCUUCUUAUUAUACCCUGUCGAAGAAUCUGAAGAGGCAACUGAUGGAAUUUUUUUCAUUCUCAUAUUGUUAUUUGCUUUUCUUCUCAUCAUCGUCAAUACUAUUAAAACAUUGAGAUAAACCCUGUAUAAUGUGGUGUCUGAUAUAUUUUGGAUGUUGUCAGAAUGAUAUGCCCUAUAAAUUCUAAACUCUUAUAUUCAGUAGCUUGCUAAUAUAAAAACUGAAUAUUUUUCUAAAUAUUUUUGUUUCCUAAUAUAUUUUAUUAACAAAUCUACUUCUGUAUCAGAUUUUCUUUUCGAACAGUCUGUAAUAUUUAAUUAUUUGUUGGUACAACUUUUAUCUAUUACUGAAUAUAAGAUUUUUAAUUUUUUACUCCAUCUCAUUUCAUUUGGUGCAAUUUUAUUAACAAUUUUGUAUAAAUAUACGUACAUACAUAAAUUAUAUCUUAAGACGGUUGAUUGUUUCAUCAAAUGUUUUGAAUUUAAGUAUAAAAUCAUCAAUUUCAUAGUUUUAAUUUUUUUUAAUUUAAUUUCAAUGUUGUAUACCAUUUUUUUAUAAAUUUAUGUACCUUUAAUAUUAGAAAACUUUAUAGAUUGAAAGGUGUGUAGAUGUCAGUGAAUUAUUUAUAAGUUUCAAAUUCAUCGUAGACAAAAUAGUGUAACUUAGACAUUUUUUUGUAUAUUCAAGAAUUUAGUACAUUUAGAACAUUUCAAAUUUCAAUCCAAUCACUAUAAUUUUGAACUUUUGGGAUAAAAAAUAGUGAAAAUUUGGAAAAUAAUCCUCCAAUAAUGAUUAAAAAUCUUACAAAACAAAUUAUUUGUGAUAAAAUUGAAAAAACACUUAUUUAGCCAACUUUCCACUGUAAUUGAUUUUAACAACUCUGUUUGGGAUCUAUAAAUUCAAAGUUGGUGUUAUAUUGAGCUACAAAACUUUUACCUUCUAUUUAUAUAUAGUGACACUAUCUUUUAACCAGAAUCAUUAUAAAUUGAUUUUUUGUUUUCUAAACUAUUAUAUAUUUAUUUUUUAAUUAUAAAAAUGUUUUUAACAGUUAUUUGUUAAAUAGUUUACCGAAAUCAGCACAUCUUUGAAUGCUGCGUAUAUUCGAUUGAUUCUCAAUUUGUAAAUUGAUAUUUAGAAGAUAUUUCCAUAAAAUAUUUCAUAGUUUGAA